AUGAGUGCCCAUGAACGAGAAAAGCCGGGUAUUCCUAUACCUUCGCAGAAUGCGAAGCCUAGUGUAGCCACCGCGACUCCAUUUUCACCUUUUCAGAUGAAGGGUAUCUUCUCCGACGAGGUUCCAACGGUCGCGAAUGCCGAAACCGAAGUCGCAGCGCGUAGUCCUACGGGCGAUGGGGAUGACGACAAACCGCUGACUACCAUGCAAUAUGAAGAGCGGGGCGUUGGCGACAUGGGGCGAGGGGUGGAUGGACGCGGCAUCAAUGGAUCAUCUGAGCCAGCGCUCAAAACGGGGCAUACCAUUGGUAACGAUGCCUCGAAUAUGGCGCACGCCCCGUCAGAUGAGUCUAAUGGAAAGGUUGGCGGCGGAGAUGGGGUCGAUGCGAAGCCAUCUGUGCCAGCAGCAAUUGGCGACAAGGCCGACGACGAUGAUGAUGACCUUCCGCUUACACACCACUUAGCGCAACAUACGGCCGCGUCAAAGAAGGCAGCGGCGGCCGACCCUGACAGCGACGAUGAUGCACCACUACAUCAACACGCAGGUCUGUUCAUGCCGACGCCAAAGUCGAGUGCUGUUGCGCAGGAUAUCGAUGACGAUGAUGUACCACUGCAUCAGCACGCGGGUCCCACCAUGUCGGCGCCAAAGUCGAGUGGUGUUGCGGCGAACGUUGAUGACGAUGACGUACCGCUCGUUGUUCAUCGCUUGUCGGUUAUGCAUCUAGCUUCCGGAACCGAUAGCAGUGAUCCGUCCUCCGCACGCGAAGACGAUGAUGAUAUUCCCCUUGACAAACACCCCAAGGUAGGCUAUCAGGCCUACCGGCAGUCGACCCCCUCCAUCCACUCGCUAUCAACAAACGCCACCGGCCACACUGGCAGCACGAACCGGACCGGCUCGACGUUCUAUUCUCACGAUACCCAGCAACAUGGAUACCCUUCCUUCGAAAUCGUCGAAUCUAUAGUAGCAGCACGACUGGAACCUCUGAAGCAUCACAUACACUACCUCGAGACCCAACUGAGCAACCUGUUCUCGGAAGUACACUAUAUGCGAGAGCACAUGCGCUCUCUCGGCCCCAAUGUGCAGUUGGGCCCUGGCAGGUUCCUCUCAUCCCAGGAGGAUCCCGCUGCUAUGCUGUCGAAGAAGAUCAACAAAGUGGUAGCGGAGUUGGGUGAAAGCACGAAUCCUCAGGCACAUGCUAGGAGAACCGAGUUGUCCUCUGGGCUGCUUGCCGAGAUGCCGAUGAAGAUCACGUAUCUUGACAACCAGAGAGAUAAAACGCGGAAGAAUCUGAUGGUGUCGUACGACCUGGCAAGUGAGAGGGUGCAGUGCUGGAAAUGUGAAGGUAAAGAUUUCGUCACGUUUACCGUCCGCCCCUUCUGGUUGACCGCGGAAUGCAAAGGGUGGAGGCACGAGAAUACAGAGAUAAGGCACAGAACCGAGCCAGGCAUCCGGUGCAAGAAAUGCUCAGAUUGUUCAGAAUGCGGCGGGUCGGGCAUGCUGGACGACAAGUACACCUGCCGAGACUGCGACGCCCGUGGCUUCAUUCACCCUCGGCCGAGUACUGCUCCACCACCUCCACCAACCACCUUCUCCUCCACCUCGACCACCACAUCAAUGCCCUCGUCCUUAUCCACCACGCCACCGUCCAUCAGUUCCUUCUUCGUGUCCUCCUCCACCACCAACCCACCAACACCCCACAUCGGCCCGGAAGGCGAACGUUGCUCCAACUGCAUAACGUGUCCAACAUGCGAGGGCAGAGGCAUCACCGACACGCCACCGAAAGCGUCGGAUAUCUCGACCACGAAUAAGCGACGGACGAUCCUGAACGAGAAUAAACGGAGGGGGGUAGCGUUUGCCAAUGGGGCGGGCGUCGGUGGUGGGGGAUCACGGGAGUCGCAGCCGGUCUUUCCACCGUUUGAUUAUGUGGAGGGGAAGGACGAAAUCGACUCGGUCGUGCCGGAUUUUGAAGCAGGGCAUAUCCCGCCAUUACCAGAUGAGGAAAAGGUGAAGGGGCUGCCUGCGUUGAGCACCGUAGUCACCCCACCGAGUACCUCUGCUCCUUCAAUACCCGUCGCAGGAACCUCCACAGUAGCCAUUAUUGCAGCCGAGGUACCGUCGGUACAGGGGACCCAAGCAGCGCAAGGUUGA